AUGACACUGCCACAGGAAAACGAGCCGGUGCUCAAGCUGCCACACCCGUACUUGACGCCAUACGUUCUGGUAAAGUCCUCCAAGGCCACCCAGGCAAAGGUUCCUCUGCUUCAGGUGCAGCCUCAGAAAGCAACCAAUGGCAAAGACCUAUCCGAACCUUUACACAGCUCCUCCCUCUACUUCACAGAGCCGACGGACCUCAAGUCAAGUGAGAGGCCAGCCGAAUCCAACAACACGCCUUGGGGUCGAGCUCGACGAUCUCCCUCCUCAACAUUCACAUGGGACGGUGCCAAUGCACCUACUCUGGGACAAGCAUGGUUGCUGGUCUACGUCCUGUUCACAGUCCGGCCACAGAUGGAAUACUGUCGCCUAUCAUUGGAAGGCACGGGCAAGGAGAGCCUGGCCAAGCAGUUGAGGUCUGUCUUGCUCGCCAUUGAUCACCCAACCAACUCAGAAGCCGUCGACGAGCUCCUGCUCCUUCGAAGCACCUUCUGGCAGGGCGCCGGCUCGCCGUUCGGCCCGCGAAGCGCGUGGAUCCCCGAGGACGACUCGCCCGAGACCCCCAAGUCGCUCUCCUCGUACCCCCUGGCGCCGUACGACAACAUGAUGACGAUUGAGCCGUCCAGCACGAUGGCCUGGCACCCCCGACGGCCGGCCAAGCCGCGCCCCGGAUCCCUCAUCUACAGCCGCUGGAUCCCGCACCUCAGGGAGAACUUCUCCAUGGUCGCGCUGGACUGGGAGGACGAGGAGCACCUGAGGCUCUUCCACGAGUGGCAGAACGACCCGCGCGUGUCGCAGGGCUGGAACGAGACGGGCACGCUGGAGCAGCACCGCGAGUACCUGAGGAAGCAGCACGUCGACCCGCACCAGGUCACGGUCCUGGCCCGGUUCGACGACGUGCCCUUUGCCUACUUCGAGAUCUACUGGGGCAAGGAGGACCGCCUGGGCGCCUACUACACCGCUGGCGACUUUGACCGCGGCCGCCACUCGCUCGUGGGGGACAUCCGCUUCCGCGGGCCUCACCGCGUGUCGGCUUGGUGGUCGAGUCUCAUGCACUACCUCUUCCUCGACGACCCUCGUACCAUGUACGUCAUCGGAGAGCCCAAAUACACCAACAGCUCUGUGCUGGGUUAUGAUUUCAUCCACGGGUUCGGAUUGGACAAGUUUGUCGACCUGCCGCACAAGCGGUCGGCGUUCAUGCGGUGUUCGCGGGAGCGGUUCUUCCAGCUGUCGCCGCUUGGGGAGAACGAGAAGGUUGUGGGCGGUACUCAUGUUGGCUUGCUGCCCAAGUUGUGA